GCUCGUCCCUGGAGGGGAGUAGUACUACUUAAAGAUGGGAACUUUUCCUCAUUAGGCAAACGCGGAAAGAGCCACCCACCGUUUCUCUUUAUCGGAGAAGGUGGCGGAGGACAGUGGUGCACCGCCUCUCCGGUGACGCCGGGGUCUAGUGGCUAAGCCAAGUGGGCACCUGGUUUUAGGGAGAGUGUAGAUAUGGGACAGGGACUCAGCUGUGCAGCUACUCAAGAACAUGGGCUCUUCAGUGCCGUGCAGUCUGGUGACUUGGACACUGUAAAGGCUAUGCUCGAGAGAGACCCAUCUCUCACGCACCAAACUACUUCUUAUGAUCGCCAAUCUGCACUCCAUAUUGCUGCUGCCAAUGGCCGGAUCGAGAUUUUGUCUAUGCUUUUGGAGCGAUCUGUGGAUCCAGAUGUUGUAAAUCGUCACAAACAGACUCCGCUUAUGCUGGCUGCAAUGCAUGGCAAAAUCGGCUGUUUGAAGAAGCUAAUCGAAGCAGGAGCAAAUAUUUUGAAGUUUGAUUCACUUAAUGGAAGAACUUGCUUGCACUAUGCUGCUUACUAUGGCCAUUCUGAUUGCCUUCAAGCUGUACUCUCUGCUGCUCAAUCUAGCCCUGUUGCUGUCUCUUGGGGAUAUGCACGGUUCGUCAAUAUUAGGGAUGGCAGAGGAGCUGCACCAUUGCAUUUGGCAGCUCGUCAAAGACGACCCGAAUGUGUACGUAUUUUGUUAGACAAUGGAGCUCUUGUCUGUGCUUCAACAGGCGGAUUUGGUUGCCCGGGGAGCACUCCUCUUCAUUUGGCAGCCAGAGGCGGAUCUAUUGAUUGCAUUCGCGAAUUGCUGGCGUGGGGUGCGGAUCGCCUUCAAAGAGAUUCAUCUGGGAGAAUACCCUAUUUGGUCGCCUUGAAGCAUAAGCAUGGAGCUUGUGCAGCCCUACUCAAUCCUUCUUCAGCUGAGCCUCUUGUCUGGCCAUCACCUUUAAAGUUCAUCAGUGAGCUUAAUCAGGAGGCUAAAACUCUUCUUGAACAUGCUUUAAUGGAGGCAAACAGGGAGAGGGAGAAGAACAUCUUGAAGGGAACUUCUUAUUCCCUUCCGUCCCCAUCACAUUCUGAUAUUGGGGCAGACGACAAUAUAUCUGAGGCGAGCGAUGCGGAGCUGUGCUGCAUAUGUUUUGAGCAAGUUUGCACAAUUGAAGUACAAGACUGUGGUCACCAAAUGUGUGCACAAUGCACACUAGCCCUAUGUUGCCAUAAUAAGCCAAACCCAACAACCGCAUGCCUAAACCCUCCAGUUUGCCCGUUCUGCCGAAGCACCAUUGUCCGCCUAGUGGUUGCUAAAGUCAAGGAUUGUGAUGAUGCUGAUCAAGACAUUGGCGAUAUCGGUUCACCAAAGAUGAGAAAGGCAAGGAAGUCACGAAACUUCAGCAGCGAGGGAAGCAGCAGCUUCAAGGGGUUAUCAGCAAUGAGUCCAUUCGGAAAAAUGGGUGGCCGGGGUUCAGGAAGAAUCGCCGCAGACAAUGAAUGGAUCGAUAAGCCUUAAUGAUAAUAGCAUUUUGGAAAUCAAAGAUUUCAAGUAGCAAUCUAGGAUUCCUUUACUUGUGCUCCAAAGAAGUGCAAAAUUAUCAAAGUAAUGGAUGUCGGUGCCGGACCCAGUUAGUAUAUAUAUAUAUAUAUAGCUCAUAUAUAUAUAGAGAGUGAGAGAGAGAGAGAGAGGUCCAUUUGCUAUGUAGAUUUGGGGAAUAAGCAAAGAGAUGUGAGUUGCAGGUUUGGGUUGGUAAGUUUGGUAAUAUGGUUGCUGUGGAUGAUAUUGGUGUAUCAUCUUGUUUACUUGAGAUUGAAGUAGCAUUGCUUAUUA